CUGAGAUCUCAGAGAUGCUGAUACUGUGCUAGGCAUCAUCUUGACAUAUAUCGUUUUUCUCAAUGAGUCGGUAAGCUGAGAAAGAUGCCUCCACAAGGAACUACAGAGAAGCCCCUCUUGUUUAUAGAUGGCUUGAAUAAGCCCGAGGUAGACAAGCGAAAGCAAAUCAGAAAAUAUGUCAUGCUCGGCAAAAACCGCGGCAAAACUCGGAAUACCCGACCUGCCUCCACAGAUGAAUCUCACACCGAACCAGUCCAUCCUGACUUGGUGGUAAAGGUGCACUAUCCUGCAGUACCCAACAAAGUCGGCGACGAACUAUCUUUCACACAAUUCGCUGCUCCUUUGGCACCGCAGCUGAUGCGGGAUAUUCUGAAAUUCUCAUUGAUGGCAAAGAAAGUUAUGUACCCAUUGGAACCUUGCAUCGAGUUCCACCGGAAAGAUAAAGUCGACACAUUCUAUUUUGACCUCAUGACCUACGACGCGACAUAUUUGCACGCCGUGGCAUUCUCAUGUCAGGCGUUCUUCAACAGAGCGUCGGCCCGACAAACAGCUGAACUGACUCGGAGGAGUGUUAUACAUCAUUCAGUAGCACUGAAGCAACUUCGAGAAAGACUAUCCAAUCAAGGGAAGCAAAUCAAAUACUCGGAUUCGACUAUUCUAGUCAUUCUAUCCUUAGCAAGGCCUGCCCAACUCACGGGCGAUUUUGAUACCGCCAAACAACACAUGGAAGGGCUGCGCAGAAUUGUCGAUUUCAGAGGUGGUUUGGGUGGUUUGGGUUAUAACUCGAAGCUUGUAAUGGAAAUAAUGAAAUGUGACUUGGGGAUCGCACUGUUCGGAGGGACAGAGCCAUUCUUCUUCAGAGAUCCAUCUUUAGAACCCAUGAUCCCCUAUGAGCUGGGAUCUCUCACAGUGCAGUCACCGGAUACACAAGAAUCUCAAUAUUGGACACUAGCACGGUGGGAUCUCAAUGCCGACCUAAUACGUGCCUGGACGGUGAUGGGAAGAUUCUGCUCAACGAUAAACUCCGCCACCAACCGAAGCCGCCGACUUCCAAAAGAAAUUUUGUUGAAUACCAUGGGUUCAGUCAUGUACCGAUUGCUAGAUAUGAAAGGCUUCGAUCCGAAUUCCCUAAACGAGGCUAUUCGUUUGGGUCUGCUUGCUUUCACAUCCCAUACAUUCCUCCAUUUCCAAAAUAUGAAGCCGCCACAGACAGACUUUCCCCGGAAGUAUCAAGACUGUCUUCGGAAUAUCAAGUCUUCGGCAAAAGGGGCGUCGAUAAUUCUCUGGCUGCUUACCAUUGGGGCAAUAUCACUUUUCAAACCGACCGACGAUCCUUGGCUGAUGCCUUUGCUGCGAGAUCAAAUGAGGCAUUGCGGUAUUUCUGAGUGGGAGGAUUUCCACCGUCAUAUGAAACGUUUCUUAUGGAUCAAGAUUUUACACGACGAGCCUGGCCAAAGAGUUUUUAACACAGCAGCCCUGGAGCAGUGA